AGCUGGAAUGAGGAGGAGGAGGAGGAGGAGGCGGGAUUGGCCGGGCAGGCCAGUGGGUGAGGCUAGGAGGUGGCGCGUACCUGUCCAGGUGAGUCAGGAGCAGGUCAGAGGCAGAGCAGGGCUGCAGAGGAGAAGAGCACAGCUACCUCGGCCCCUGAGGCUUGGGACGCUCUCCCUCCCCUCGCUUCACCCCGGGAGCCCUUUCUCAGCCCCUGCCUCGCUUCGGCCAUGCCUGAGAGGGAGCCAUGGCCAGUGGGGCCUGGCCCGGGCACCGACACCCAGCUCAGCAGCCACGCCAGCAUGACCAGCACAACCUCCACCCGCUCUGGACCUACGGACAGCAGCUACGACUUCCUGUCCGCAGACGAGAAGGCCUGUCUGCUCUUCCUGGAGGAGACCAUUGGCUCUCUCGACAAGGAGGCAGACUGCGGACUGUCUGCCGAUGAGUCUGAGCCAGCCGGGACUCCCCGAGGCCCCCCAACUCUGCCCCCUGGCCCUCCUGCCCCCCAGGCACCUCCAGAGGAGCCCAGGAAUGUGACUUGGCCCCAGAGCCAGGGCUUCUGGUCUGGCUCCCACAGCCUCCCCAGAAAUAUCCACAUCGGCAGAAGCCAGCACCUCAGGAGAAGCAGCACCCAGAAAGCUGGCCACACCCCGGAGGGGCCAGAGCGACCUGUCCCGGCACCGGAGAAGGGGCAGGGUGGCCAGAGCGGGCAUUCCAGCCGGGCUCCAGCUGCCCCCCCAUUGGCUGUGCCUGCAGACCCGGCACUGAUUCCUCCCCCAGAGGCCUUCAGGGACACCCAGCCAGAGCUGUGGGGGGGGCCGGGGGAGCAGCGCCUCACCACCCUGCGCCCCCUCGCCACCCUCGCUACCUCGCCCCCUUGCAACCCUGCACUCGCCCCCCCAGAAAGGAGGGGGCCUUCUGCAGAGACCAUGUCCCAGAAGGCCAGUGGGGAUGGCCACCCCAUGCCUCCUGCCACACCUGCGCAGGAGCUGGCAGGUAAGGAUCACGCCCUGGGUGCUGAUGCCCGGCUGACCACCCUCGGCACCCCCAAGCCUCGCAAGCUGCCACCCAACAUCGUCCUGAAGAGCAGCCGAGCCAGCUUCCAUGGCGAGCCCCAGAGCUGGCUGUCACGUCCGGCUGAAAGGGCCCCCGCGGAUGGGGCCCCCGUGUCCUCAGCCCUGAAGGAACAGAGGAGGGCCCGCAGGGAGGCUCUGCAGAAGCUGGGGCUGCCCCAGGACCUUGAGGAGCCCAGUGCCCAGCCACCCAUGCCUAACAGUAGUAUGAGGCCCAGGGAGCCCCGAGGUCCAGCUCAGGCUUCAGCCACUUCCAGGCCUGUGACUGGGCAGCCUGGGUUCUCUGCUGCUGGUGAGGGGCAUCCAGCAGGGAAGGCUACUGUCCAGGGGCCUGCUCCAGGGAGGCUCUCCUCUGCUGCCCAGGGGCCCAGCCCAGCCAGGACUCCCUCUCCUGCCCAGGGGCCCAGCCCAGCCAGGGCCUCCUCUCCUGCCCAGGGGCCUGUUCCAGGCAAGGCCUCCUCUCCUGCCCAGAGGCCCAGCCCAUCCAGGGCCCUCUCUCCUGCCCAGGGGCCUGUUCCAGGCAAGGCCUCCUCUCCUGCUCAGGGGCCUGUUCCAGGCAAGGCCUCCUCUCCUUCCCAGAGGCCUGUUCCAGGCAAGGUCUCCUCUCCUGCUCAGGGUCCCACUUCAGGAAAAGGCCCAGAAGUUAGGUCCCUGCCAGUCCCCAUCCCAAAGGCCCCAAGGGUAGACGGUGUGGGCACUCUGGCCAAACUUGACCCAGGGCUGACUCUGCAGGCCAGCGACACUCCUGGCUUGAGACAGAUGAGCUUCAAGUCCAACACGCUAGAGCGCUCUGGUGUGGGGCUGAGCAGCUACCUCUCAGCCAAGCAGGAGCCAGGGCCCCAGACCAGCAGCUCGCUCGGCAAAGGCUCCGUCCUGGGCCCGCUCUCACCCAUUGUCCCGCGCAGCUCCCGGCCCCGCCCGGCCUCCCUGGGCACCGGCAAGGACUUUGAGGGCAUCCCAGUAGGCAGGCUGGCUGACCUGGAGCAGGAGCAAAGCUCCUUACACCGGCCCUAUGCAGGGCAGAGCCGUGCCCAGUUGCCCCGGGCGCCCUGUGUCAGUGUCCGCAUCUCUCCCAAGGGCAUCCAUGAAGAGCACCGGCGGGAGGCACUGAGGAAGCUGGGGCUGCUCAAGGAUUAGCCCCCCCCCCCCCCGCACUCUCUGGCUCUGCUGCCUAGAGCUGAGCCCGGGGGCACUGGACUCCAAGGACUCCAAGUCUGUGUCUGACAGUGGGGUACCCACAGUUGGAAGCAGGUAUCCCCAAGAGCAUGUGUUACAGCGUAAGCGUGGGCCUUGCAGCAUCUGCUCUGUGGGGCCUCCUGCAGUGGGCAGCAUCCAGCUGGCCCAGAAAGGACUCAGCACUCAGACUCUCUCCUUUCUGGACCAGGGGCCUGGGGCCCGAGCAGACAUGCUCUGUCUAGCAUCUGUCUCUUUCACCAAGGGUAGGGCAGGCCCUAGAUCAGAAGCUCUCAGCUGGAGGAGAGCAGAGCCCCUGCUGGACACUGUCACUCAUGGCCGCCUGCCCCAGGACGUUCUGCUCAGGGCACUGUCAAACUGCACUGAACUGGGCCCUGAGCCGCUCAGAAGGUGCUGCUGGCCCCAGCCCCACUUGCACAUGCUGGCUUCAGCUGGACUCCACACGGAGAUGACUGCCCCAUGUCCACUGCUGGUCGGUCGGUGCAGCGUGUCCAUGUGGCUGUGAGUGCUCUGCCGCCUGGCUCCUGGGGGUCCCCUCACACAGCCACAAUGCAGCAUCUGACACAUUGGGGGGCUGUGGAGACUCCCACCAGCCCCAUGGGGGAUACCCACUCCUCUGUGGCACCUGGUGCCGUGGCCCUCCUGGGCAGGGCUGGACACAGCCACACAGCGCCCAAGUGAGCCCCAAGACCCUUGAGGACCCCCAAGGAUGAGUGGAUGCCAUUCUGUGAUUCUAGGAAGGCACAGGGCUGUUUGGAGAGGUGGGGCCCCAAGGCCUCUCAGUAAAUAAAAGCUGUUCUGGCCGGCC